AUGGCGGACGUGCUGGAUCUUCACGAGGCGGGCGGCGAGGACUUCGCCAUGGAUGAGGAUGGGGACGAGAGCAUCCACAAGCUGAAAGAGAAGGCGAAGAAGCGGAAGGGCCGCGGCUUCGGCUCCGAAGAGGGCUCUCGGGCGCGGAUGCGGGAGGAUUUUGACAGCGUGGAGCAGGACGGCGACGAGCCCGGACCACAGCGCUCUGUUGAAGGCUGGAUUCUCUUUGUCACUGGGGUCCAUGAGGAAGCCACGGAAGAAGACAUCCAUGACAAAUUCGCGGAGUAUGGGGAAAUAAAAAACAUCCACCUCAACCUGGACAGGCGCACAGGGUACCUGAAGGGGUAUACUCUAGUUGAGUAUGAAACGUACAAGGAGGCGCAGGCUGCGAUGGAGGGACUCAAUGGCCAGGAUCUGAUGGGACAGCCGAUCAGCGUGGACUGGUGUUUCGUUCGGGGUCCACCCAAGGGCAAGAGGAGAGGCGGCCGCCGGCGCAGCAGGAGUCCAGACCGGAGGCGUCGCUGA